AUGUUUGCUGGUUUGGUGGCGGCAGUGAGCGCUGGUUCCAGUUUGGCUGGUACGACCGUCAGCGCCCUGACAAGCAGCGGAGGCUACAGUGUUGCCUGUGGAAUAGAGACUGCCAACUGGACCAAAUACACAUUGGAGAAACCUAUGGCAUUCAAUGAUGGUGGGCUGAUUAAAACACCACCAAUCGACAUUCUACCUGGUGUCAAGGAGGCAAUGAUAACUCACAAGACAGGAGGAACUGCGACAGGGACAUAUGGUUCAGUUUCUUGGGUUGUCAACGAUCGACGCGUGGUGGUAAUGUGGUCAGUGCCCUUCAACCAUGACUACUACCAAAAUUGGUUGGGUGUAGGUCUGACUAAACCAGGUAAAACAAAACAUGACAAGAGUUGGUACAAAACCAUGUAUUACCAGUCCAAUACAUCUGAGUUAUCGUUCAUAAGGAAAAAAUUUUACACGGACGUCAACCCGGUUACAAUUUCUGAUGAAGAUUUCGAAGUAGAAGGAACCAUUGGAUCUACACAUAUUGCGGAUGCUCAUAUUGUCGUGAGACCACGCAAUGAAAAGGAUUACGCUCCGUCACUCCUUAAGGUUUGGGAAUCUUCCAAGGCAUGA